AUGCGCGCUGCUCUAAUACGUUCCAUGAGUUUGCAGAGGCAACUGGUGAGCGUAACCGGCCUGCAUGGCUCGAGUCCAGUCGCUUUCUUGCCCGGCUUAAGGGGCGGUAUUUUAAUUCCGUGCCCCCAGCUCUUUGGAACAAUGCCAGUGCGCAAGGUCGUGUUGAAGAGCGUCAGUGCAGAGCGUUUUGCAAUUUUUCCGAGGUUUCGCCGUGCCUCCCCAUGGGUCGUGUCGGGUCCCGGUGCGGAUCCUGGCGGCAGUAGGGGAAGGGCGCGACCUAGCCCGGCCAUUGUUAUAGGCCGGGCGCCCCCAUCCCCCGCUAGGUUUGGGGCGGAGGAUGCGAUCGCAGGCGGUUUGCGCUAUUGUGGCGGACAUGCGGGCCAGGCGGUUAGCUUUUUGGCGCUUCGAAAGCAAAGGCCCAUCUCCUUUGAUGGCCGGCGCGCAGCAAGGGCGGGGGGCGUUGGCGCCUUUAGGCGGGCCGGCGGCAUUCGCGAGGGGCCCCGCGGUUCGAGCAGAGCGCCCGCCACCGGCUAG